CUCUUAGUUGUUUGGUUGCCUACGUGUGGGUAUAAGGCGGUGACCGAGGGACAUGUAAAUUCUAAACUAAUGGAGGUGUUUAUUGUGAUUCAACCUUGAAUAAAUAAUGCGGCAGAGCAAAGAACCCCCUUUCCCUUCCCCUUCCGCUCGAGUCUGCUCUAGGGUUUUUGCCAAGCCGCCGUCGCCGUCGCUCUGCCCUCGUAUCCCCUCCCACGACACCGAGACACCAAGAUGACGGCGCAGACCGCGGAGGAGCUCGCCACCCAGAUCGAGCAGCAGAAGCUCGAGGAGCAGAAGACCGAGGCAGAGGAAGUUGUGGUGGAGGAUGAGGAGGAGGAAGAUGAGGACGAUGACGAUGAUGACAAGGAUGAUGAUGAACUCGAUGAAGGGGAUGCCAGUGGCAAGUCAAAGCAAAGCAGGAGUGAGAAGAAGAGCCGCAAGGCCAUGCUGAAGCUUGGCAUGAAGCCCAUCACUGGUGUCAGCCGCGUCACUGUAAAGAAAAGCAAGAAUAUACUCUUUGUCAUCUCCAAACCAGAUGUGUUCAAGAGCCCGAAUUCCGACACGUAUGUCAUAUUCGGCGAGGCUAAGAUCGAGGACCUCAGCUCCCAGCUGCAGACCCAGGCAGCAGAGCAGUUCAAGGCUCCUGACUUGAGCCAGAUGAUCUUGAAUCCAGAGACGUCUGGCCCGGGACAGGAGGACAAUGAUGAGGAGGUCGACGAAACUGGUGUUGAGGCCAAGGACAUUGAGCUGGUGAUGACCCAGGCAUCUGUUUCAAGGCCCAAGGCUGUCAAGGCCCUCAAGGCUUCUAAUGGGGACAUUGUCACUGCCAUCAUGGAUCUGACAACCUAGGGUGAUAUUUCUGUCCGUGCCACUUUUGUUUUGGAGUGCUAUUGCAACUUGAGUGUUAUAUGUGGACCUAUGCUUCGAUGAUGUUACAUGAUUGCUUCUUGGGUCAAGGUCAUUCAAACAAGGUUUCAUCUUUGCUGGCUUGAAACCUGGCAGUAGUUUAUAGCCCAGAAUGUUUGUCUGUGGUUCUGGUGUUUCAGUAAUGUCACAGUUAUCAAUGGCUCUUAAGUUUCUGCAAUAUCACAGUUUUCUUACAUUUUUCUUUA